CGUCGGCACCAGUGCGCACUAGCCGUUGAUCCACAGACGUCUUCAUGCCUUAAGAAUCGCUAUAGCCAUGUAGUCAGGCUCACAUCUCCUCCAUCUCCUCCGUACUUUGUGUUUGCUUUCCUUUCCACUUUCUCUUCAAUUCCUUUCUUGCGGUCUUCCGUAUUCAAUUCUUAAUUUCAUCUGGCCAGUCCAGUUCAGAGCGCUAGUCGCCUUUAUUCACGCACGUCUAUUACAAUCUAGUAAUUCCAAAGUCACUCCUUUCGACAAGGUCAGAAAAAUUAAAAAAUCCACAUACACAAUGUAUUUCUCGAGAUCAAUCAUCGCCUCUGCCCUUCUUGGGUUCGCAGCAGCCACCACCCACGGCGAGGGCGAGCAGGCCACCGCGAUAGUAGCAUCGGAGACUCUGCUCGCAACAGGAACCACUGCGGCGGCAUUGGCAACAGGAACUGGACUUCUUGGGGAGGCUCCACCAGCAGGAAUGGUCAAUACUCACGUUAUUCAAGUCGGCGGACCAAAUGGAACUCUCGAAUUCCUUCCUCCCAACAUCCAGGCAAAGCCUGGUGACUUGGUUCAGUUCCAGUUCAACCCCAAGAACCACUCUGUUGCUGAGUCUACCUUCGGACAGCCUUGCGUUCCUAUCCAGAACGUCAUGGCCAAUAAGACAGAUGCUUUCUGGUCCGGAUUCAUGCCUGCCUCGUUGGCCGCUGGCAAUGGAACUGGCGGUGGCAAGUUGACCUACACAAUCCGCGUUAAGGACGAGAAGCCCAUCUGGUUCUACUGCUCCCAAGGCCAACAUUGCCAAAACGGCAUGGCUGGUGCCAUCAACGCUCCUUUGACCGGCAACCGCACCGUCGAGGCCUUCCAAGCCCUCGCCGCCAACGCCCCCGAGAACCUCAGCCCUGGCCAGAGCGGCGGCGGCUCCUCCACCUCGCCCUCCUCCACCCCAGGCGACACCCAGAACCCCGGCACCGAAGCCUCCAACACCGCCGGCGGCCUCACUCCCACAUCCACCUCCGUCGACCCCGCCCAGCAGAGCGUCAACGCCGCUCCCGCCCUCUCCUCGCAAUCGUACUUCGGCCUUGGACUGGCCGGUCUUGCAGCCCUUUUCGUAUUGUAAAAAUACCACCCCCUUUCCUCUUGGAGGACAUUUUCUUGUGAUCUUCGCCGCUGCCGCAACGUAAGCGCGGCGGCGGGAUGGGUGAGGGCACU